GAAUUAAAAAUAUUUAAUAUUCUCAUGAAUUCAAAUUCAAUGUAUUAUGCUUCAGAGUUCAUUGUCUCUCCCAACAACAUAGAAAGAGAGAGAAAGGGUCUCACCUCAAUGCAAUUCAGAUUCUGAAAGCCAAAGCUUCCCAUAGUUGGAAAACCAGUGAAAGAAUGCCAGGGAAACCUGAAACUGAUGAAUGUGGAGUUAAGCAUAGUGAGCAUGUCCAUUUGUCAUCUUCCAUUUAUUCUCAUCAACCUUGGUUGCUUGAAAAUGCCUCCAAAUCAUCUUCACUUCAUCAGCUCAAUGGUUCAAUCAUGAAUGGUGUCACAAAUUCAGAAGUCUUGGUUUCUCCUUCAGUCUCAGGUGAGGACGUUGCCAAGGAGCGGCGAAACAUCAAACACGUCCAGUCCUCAACUCCAUUUACCAUGGACAAACACCUUGAUCUAAGCUCGCAGACGGAGCUUGUUGGUCAUUCAACUGUUUUAGCAUCUCCUUAUUCAAAUCCACAAUUUGGUCAAUUCUUGACUACUUAUGGACAACCAGCUAUGAUGAACCCUCAGCUAUACAACAUGCAUCAUGCUAGAGUUCUUUUGCCACUUGAAAUGGAAGAGGAACCUGUUUAUGUCAACGCAAAGCAGUAUCAUGGUAUUUUGAGGCGAAGACAGUCGCGCGCCAAGGCCGAGCUUGAAAAGAAAGUUAUUAAAGUUAGAAAGCCGUAUCUUCACGAAUCCCGUCACCUACAUGCUUUGAGAAGGGCAAGGGGGAACGGCGGUCGCUUUCUCAAUACAAAGAAGCUCGAACAUAACGAUUCUAAUUCUAAUUCCGCUCUAGAAAAAGGAAACAAUCCUGAUGCAACAUUGGUUACCAACAAAGAGAAUCAAGGCUCGUCAAACGCGUCACUGUCCGUGCACAAAAUGCAGGGUUUCGACAUCGAUUAUCGUGACGGAAAUGGCUUUACAGCGGUAUGUCAUUCACAGGAGAGUGACUCAAGUGGUGCUAUUAAAUGACCCUCCCUCAACUAUACAGCAAUAGGUGAAGAUGAAGGGUUUUGCCUCAUCCAACUUAUGAUGCUGUAAUUCAAUGGCAAUUCAUUCUUGGCUCAGUUACUUAUAGAUUAUAGUGGUGAGACCCAUGACAUGACAUGGCAUGGUAUGGUACACUUCAUGCAUUGUUUGGUCCCCCUUUGCUUGUGUUUCUCUUUACAACUCCAUUUGAAAAAAUGGGUGAAAGGAAUAAAAAAAAUCAGUUUGGUUUGUGAAUUUUACAAGAAUCACUUGUGUGACAUAUACUCCACAAAAUCUUAAAGCUUUCAUUAAUCUUAUC